GUGCACAUGCGUCCUGAAUCACUUCCGCUUUGACCGGAUGUCGGCAUUCCAGUUUCCGGUUUAAUUCCUGUAUCCUGUCAUCCCAGAGAUAAACAACUAAAAUGAGUGUUGCUGCGUCAAAUAAACAAAAAUAUAACGUGCGUGGCAGCUUUAGAUUUCAGCCGACGGUGUUUGGGUCUAAGGAGCACUGUUGUGUGCCGCUUUGCUCGUCUUCAGGUCGCUAUAAUAGCCGUUUGAGCUUUCACCGUUUCCCUAAGGAGACAAGCCUUCGUUUGUGCUGGCUGCAAAAAAUCAGAAGAGAGGGAUUUACGGUAACUCCUCACACCAAGGUAUGUAGCCGACAUUUCCUGGAGAAUGAAGUAAUUACUACAGAAAAGGGAAGACGAAUUUUAGCAGCUGGGUCGGUUCCAUCAUUAUUUGAGUGGAACAAAUACAGCAGGAAGACACGAGCAGGUGUUUGGGAGCGCCGUUGUCGACCAUCUAAUCCAGAACCUGAUUCGGCGGAUCCAAUUGAGGACAAUGAACCACCCGUCAUGGUACCUAUGGUCGUGGACCAUGACUACGGCGCCAGCAGAACCGUGUGUGUUGACCGGGAGCAAUAUCACAGCAUGCUGAGAGAAAUUGAGCAACUGAAAGAGCAGCUCCGAUCCUGUAGUCUUCAAAAGCCGUUUGGACUGGAACGUUUUUCUACGUCACCAGAAGACAUCAGAUUUUACACCAGGUUCCCCUCAUAUGAGCAUCUGAAGGCGUUUUGGAACUUGAUCGAGGCAGCAACAGCCAAAAUGGUCAGGGUCACCAGAGCAAAGAAAACCGACGUCAUGAGUACAACAACUGAAACCCCUUUUACCAGACCAACUAAACUGCUGCCAAUAGAUGAGCUUUUUCUUUUCCUCUCCUACCUGUCUACUGGAUGUACCCAGAGGGAACUGGGCCAUCGAUUUAACAUCCACAGAGCAACAGUCAGCCGCAUUAUUGUGACAUGGGCCAACUUCCUGUACUGCUUAUUGGGCUCAAUUUGUGUGUGGAUGUCUCCUGCAGCUGUGAGUUCCAGUCUUCCACAGGAUUUUGAUGGCCGCUACAGUGACACACAAGUUAUCCUGGACUGUACAGAACUACGGUGUCAAACACCUUCAUCCCUGCUCCUCCAGAGUGAAGUCUUCUCCACCUACAAAUCCCACUGUACCUUUAAGGCCAUGGUGGGCAUGUCUCCUCACGGAGCCCUGACAUUUGUGUCAGCACUGUUUGAGGGUUCCAUGAGUGACAAGGAAGUGUUCCGUCAAUCAGGGAUUACAUCACUCUUGACACUGGACAUGGCCAUCAUGGUGGACAAGGGAUUCUUGGUGGAUGAUCUCGUACCUGGGACUGUUCAUCGUCCUGCCUUCCUCUCCAAGAGGGCCCAAAUGUCAGAGGUCGACGUUUUGAAGACCCAGUCCAUUGCCCGUUUGAGGGUGCAUGUUGAGAGGUUAAUAAGAAGAGUUAAAGAAAAUAAACUCUUUGAUUCCACUAUCCCUCUCUCCAUUGCAGGAAGCAUAAACCAAAUUUUUACAGUUGCCUGUCUCCUGUCAAAUUACCAAAAUGGACCUUUGGUCAGGAAAUGGAGAUAUGAAGUUUGACAGAAAAGCUGAUGGCACAGUCUUGAAGAAACAGAAAAUGCUGUCAUUUACUUACAUUGACAUUGUCUUACAUUUGUAAAUAGAUAUUCAUGAUGGAAAUAUUUUGAAACAAAUUUGUACAUUUGAUUUGAUCAAACUCCUAAUUUAGACAUUUCUGCAGGUAAACAUAGAAAAAAUAUCUGUCUACUUUGUGUUUGAUUGAAUCCAUCACAUUAGUGUCUGCAUAAAUUCUUUGAAUAAGAAUAUCUUCCUCAGCUGAGACAACAAAAUCACACCAGUUCAUCCCAGUUAUUAGCAUCUGCCCCUGAACCUGCCAAUAGUAAACAUGAGUUUUUUUUAGUUUAUUCACCAUGUCCCAGGUGACCUCCAUACUUUUAAGGUGUAGCUGUUGUGGUUCAGAACAAACAAACAUGCUUUUUGAUGGCUGUAGGUGGUAGUUCUUAAGAGGCAGAGAUGGGCGGGGUGGUGCAGCAUGGAAGGACAUGUCUCUCUUUGCUGUUGCUGGCUGUUGGUAGGACAGAGGACUUCCAGCCUGAACUUUGCCAAGGGCAGAGUCAACAAGGGGAAAUUCAUGGCUGAUUCCCAUGCUGCAGAUCAUUGGUGCAUCAGCUGCUGCAAAAUCUUCAUACACCUCGGAAACCUGGGAAAGUGAAAACAAUUAUUUCAAUAAAAUGUAAAAUACAUGUAUAUCAACUAAUUUUAAGCCCUCAAAAAUUCUACACUUUACAAAGAGACAGCACUUGAAAAUAAAAUUAUUCAAUACACC